AUGAACUAUGAAAUUUUYGAUAGUCGGCGGGAAGACAACGAAAACCAUGCAGUAGUAAAGAAAAAUCUCAUAUCACGAAACAUGGAUAACUUAAUUCGAUUAUCUCAAGCUUCAUCCUUUGAUCAAAGGUUCAACUGCCUUAUAUGUUGGUCUCCUAGACUUCGUAUGGUCUAUGGUUCCUGCCAGCAUCGUUUAUGCGUGAACUGUUUGUAUGACUCUGACGAUUUGCGAAGAGAUGGUCUGGAUAAAUGUCCGACAUGUCAGUUAGAAGAUGCUUUCCCUAUCUUUAAGCCAAGUAUUCCUGAAGAUAACAUUGCUUUGCAGCAACAAAUCGGUGUUGUUAGUUGUACAAAUUCUGGUUGUGAAUCUGAGAUGUGGUAUUGGGAACUUGAGAAGCAUUUAAGUACUGAGUGCUGCUUCAAUAAACUCAAAACUACACAACAAUCCAAGAAAAGAAAAAGCGUUUCUGACAAACCACAUGAAUAUAAUUUGAGACACUCCAGUAAAAGACAUUCUCCAGGAAGGUAUUCCUUUUCUCAAGAGUACAGAAGAUCAUCAAGGAGGAAAAUGAGUUCAGCUUGAUGAAUUAAUUAAUUCCAAACRUAAUGUGAGCAAGAUUUCAUAUACUUUCCUGCGUUUCAUGUAUAUAAGUGUAAAUGCCAAAAUUGCCUGCAAAAUUAGAUCGCAAAAUGAUGAACAAAAAACUUCUAGAUUCAUAUAUAUGCUUAUUCUUUGGGGGUUUGACUAGAUCACGAUGAUCUAAUUGCCCUAAUUCACUAUGACGUCACUGCUUGUUUAUGUGGGGAAUAGAAUUGUCAAAUCUAAUAGAAAAUUCAACAAAAUUUGCUCCUAGUGAAACCGUUUAAUCUAAAAUGGCCUGAUUUUCGGAUAUGUGUUAAUAUGUGCUAAAACUUAUUCUGAGCCUUUGCUGGCUAUUCUACUUCUCUUCRUGGAUUGAUACAGGUUUUAGAACAAUUUUUGGUAAAUUUGUGUUGAUUUGACCCGGUCCGAUGACCACGAUCCUUUGCGUUUAAACAAUAGAUUGUUGAAGAUUGUUUUGAUGUGAUGUCAUAGUGAAUUAGGGCAAUUAGGGGGUUCGUCCUUGUCAUUAAGGGGUCCAAUCAUGGUUUAGGGGCUUCAGAUAAACUCUCCUACAACCAUCUCUGGUUUUGAUAUUACAUGCUACUACUAAAUCAUCCAUGUAGAUAUGUGAAGUGGGGAGGAGAGGGACUCUGACAUUCAAUUCAUUAUCUGUUUCGAAUGAAGAGCACAACUUCAUCAAUUCAAAAAUCAAACUCGUUCAUAGUCAUGAUUGGGCCAAUCAUGCAACAAGCAAAGCUUAUGCAACAUGAAUUUUUCACUUUAUUUACCAAAUUUAACUAAUUUAAUAACAAAAACAGUAUAUCAGAGACAAUUUAAAGCUAAAGAACUCUUUAUUAAUAAAGAAACUAAUGUUGGAUAGUUAUAAUAAUUUAUUCCAACAAGUUGUA